AUCUACUACUUAGAUCGCGUGUCGUCGUAUUCGCGCAGUCACUCCUACAAUAGGAAACAUCUUGCUUCUCAUCGCCCUAGACUCAUCAUAAGCGGAAUUGACUCCACUCAUAGCUUUUCUGUUCUAAAUCUGUACAAAAUGUCCAGAUAUAAAACAGCUCAGACUCCAGCGUCAAAAUGAUCCAGAAACUCAUACUCUACCAAGUUGUAUUUGAUCCGCUUCUCUGUAGUCAAGACACACUCAAGGCAUACUACGAAAAUUUCGAGAAAUUUCUAUCGCUCCCGCUGUCAUGGCACAUAUACGUUUAUUCCUCACUUUUUUGCACCUCGCGAUUGUGAGAGCACUCACCCUUCCGACCCCAACUGGGCCAUUCUCUGUCGCUCUCUUCACCACUGCGCUAACCGAUGUGGCACGCAUGGAUCCUUACGCCCCGGCUGAUACUCCUCAAAGGCGUAGAGCUAUGAUAUCAGUCUUCACACCAGUGGACACCACCAAGUACCAAUGUGUUAAUCACUCGCUACCCUACAUGACUACCCCCGUCGCCAAGGAUUAUGAUCUUCUCGCCACAUCAGGUGGGCUGCCAGACGGGACUUUUACAUCCCUGACGAUGCAGCUUUGUAAUGUUACAGAGUAUAAAACAUGCUCGAAAAGUCGCAAAAGCCAACGCGGAAUUCCCAAAGUCUUGCGUCCACUUCUACUGUUCUCUCCAGGCUUCGGGCAGUCACGUCUUGUAUACAAUGCGAUGGCUCAGUCCUUGGCGAGCGAGGGGCAUAUUGUGGUAUCCAUCGAUCACCCAUACGAUGCCUCUGUUGUAGAAUUCCCCGACGGCAGCCUUGUUAAAGCUGCUAACAUUUCGAGUGACGACAUAGCAGCUCUCGAGGCGCUCGUUCAGGUCCGCGCAGCAGAUGUCUCGUUCGUGAUCGACCAGCUCCAAAGCUUACCAUCAUUGAGAAAAGCCGUUCAGAGCAGCGGUUGCGAUAUCGACUUUGCAAGGACCGUCAUGUAUGGUCACUCGCUUGGUGGAGCAACAGCAGCGGCCGCUAUGCUGUCGGACCCACGCAUAUACGGUGGCGCGAACCUGGAUGGGAGAUUUUUCAACCCCGUGGAAGAGACCGGAUUGACGCGACCUUUCAUCAAUGUUGGCCGACCGAACCAUAGGAAAGAAGAUCCCACAUGGGAUACAUUCUAUCAGAAUACGCAGGGCCCAAUGAUCGAAAUAUCGGUAAACGGGACCCUUCACGGAUCCUUCACCGAUUUUCCCUUGAUUGUCAGCACCUUGAACAUCACAGACAUUACAAUAAUCGAAGGCUUACAGGAGUUCCUAGGAACAACACCCUGGAUGAGAGUCGGCGAUAUCGUUAAAAGCCUCAUUAUGGCUUUCGAUGAUUUUGUGUUCAAUCACACAAAAUCUGCUCUUUUACAAGGCGUAGACUCCAAGUUUCCCGAAGUUGAACUUGUGCGCGGCCAUUUUUGAAUGGGAGUUUACCACAAGAUACAGCGACGUCAGGUUCAGAAGGUCGGACAGAUAGUCCCCUGCAAUUAUAUGUAUUGGUCCUCUCGCAUGAUUCGAGAGUUUACGGGACAGGUUUUUAUCGAUAAGUAGUCAAUCAACCUCCAUAUGACACCUCGAUGUCUAAACCCGUUGCAAAAUGGACAAAUUAUAAUUGAAACCGAGUUCUGCAGGAGAUACUCCAGCUCGCCAAUGACUUCACAUGAACUCUGUUGACCUUCACCUGAGAACCCCAACCCAUAAGUUUCCUGCCUUUCGUACUCGACAAAAGUCUGACUACGUUCGUGUAUUUGGCCCUGAAGACUGGUUCGGAC